ACAAGCCACCGCCCGCCCCCGGCCCUCCCAUCUUCUCCGCAACACGAACGUACGCACCCCCGCGACCACCAUCCAUCGUCGCCGCAAUGUUUCCACGCCGCCUCACAGCUUCCCUAUCCCGCCGCCGCGCAUACUCCACCCCCGCGCCCGCCGCACCACCACCACCACCACCACCGCCGAAACCCGUUUCACCGCAUGUCAAUGUGUACAAAGAGUUUGGUCGGCCAUUCGCGAAGGUGUUCUUGAUGGGGAUAUUUACGUACCAGGUGCUCUACUGGACCUGGAUGAAGAUGGAGAAGGAUGAGGAGAAGAGGGAGAAGAACGCUGUAUGAUACCUACGUAGGGAAUUGUUACGAUUAGAGAGUGCGCAGACGCAGGUGCAGAGGCGCGGGCGCGGACAUGUCCAUAACUGGCAUUCCAGAAUGCGGCUUCGGGGACGCGCUGAGAUCUAUGUAGAAGCUCAAGAAGCUGAAGAAGCAUAUCUGACAUUGCCGGCACCCGCCGCUGACUGGUGGAGGAUCUUUUUCUGCUUGUGCGACACGACACGGCGGGACCUCGGUUCUCCCCAUGACGUAGCGCGUUUGGGGUAUGAAACUGGGGCGGCAGAGCGGCGGCAAAAAACGAAGAAGAGCGAGUGGA